AUGUCGAUGAAGUCCAGUAUUGGCUGUCUAGUUGACAAUUGCAGCAGUAUGGGCCAAGCAGUUUGCAACAUACUCCGACCGUUUGAAAAAUCAGAGCAUAUCGUGGUUUACAUAUCAAACGAUAAAAUGACGGGUGUCCAAAUUAAACUACCUCGUUAUCACCUCAAUUUCUCAGUACUGUGCAAUGGCGAUCUCAAAUGCAAAGAGCUUGCCGCGGUUGUCGACCGUUCCCAGUCUAUUGGCACCCUGCAUGGGCUCAAAAGUCUACUUGUUUUGCGGCCAGUAACAACUCCGCUGGAAAGAAACGAACGAAUUGUACUCAUCCCGCACGGUAACGUGGAAUAUUUUCCCGCCUCGCCUCAUGUCGAAGUUCGCAUUGAACUUGGAACCAACGAAACUUUGUUGUUUUCGAAAUACCGACUUGAUGGUCGGCUUGGUCAGCUUAUCAGUGAUGAUCUGGAAGGCCAUCUUUUCAAGACCUUUCUACACGCUGUUACAAGUUUUCCAGAGCGCGACAGCUUCACUUCACGCACUGGAUCUGAGGAAGUCAUCCUCGGUCUUUCGGAUCACGUAACACUCACUUCGAUACCUUUAUCGACUAGAUCUCAACAGUUGCUCGCCUCGCUUGCAGACCUGUCGCCAAAGCGGAACUUCUAUCCUAAAAAUUUCCGAACAAUGCACACCGCCGACUUCCACAAGAUUCUCCCACUGCUCUCACAGCGUGACUGUUUCUUUGGGAUUGUGGAAAAGAUCAUUUCACACAAUCGCAAAGCAAACUUCUUAUUUGAAAAAUCGGUCUGCCUGCUUCACUACUCUGGAGACGUAGGUUUGCUUGAAAGAUCCCACCGCCGCACGUCCAAGCUUUUUGGCAACGAGUCCAUUGGUGGGAUCAAACAGGCCCCUGAGGACCUCCCAUACCGUUCACGUGAUCUCGUGGUAAGCUCGGCUCAGGGAGAAGCAUUCUCCAUGGCAAGUCUUAUAGCGGAUGGAACAACUCAGUUCUCUGUGGAUCGCGAUAUCAAAUCGCUCAUUCAGGGCUGGCAGAUUGUAUCAGGUUUCAAUCAGGACUUCACAAGCCUAUCACUUGCUGCAUUGUUAAGUAUGCCGUUAAAAGAGUACUGGGCCUCAUUGCUGAGCUUUUGCCGAACAGGUCCUUCCAAGUUCAGACUCGCUUUCAUAUUUUCUCUUCUGACUUACGGGGACCAAAAGAUCAGCUCACAGCUUCGAACAUUGCUAGCGUUUGCCGUCUCACCAUUCCUUCAGGAACUUCCAUCACCUGCACGCAACUCUUAUGACCUUGGCAAAGGACAUGAAGUGACCGAAGAAGAGAUCACUUCAAUAAUUUCGCAGUGCAAAAGACUAUCCACAACCUUUGAAGAUGACAAUACAGAGACUGAGCAUCAACGCCGACAAAUUCUGAAGUCUGUAGUAUUGUCCUGGCCAGGACCAAAAGUGGUGCUACCGGAGAAGUCCAACUUGAGUCGUUUUAAUUAUGGAAAAUUGGAAACUUUAUUGACAGGACGGUACGCUGCAUGGUAUCGUAACCAUACGUUUUUGUCGCUUUGUGCCGAUUACGAGAAGCAAUUGCAGGAGUUCCAAGGCUCAUGGGUAGCCCCUGAAAUCCCUGUCACUGAGCUGGAACCUCAUGUGAUAGAAGCUUCCCAUAUCAUAUACCAGAUGCCACCAUCAUUGCUCAGCGUCAUAAAACAAACCGAGGUGACAGACGUGGAUUUUAAUGAAAGCUGCCCUAGCAUGCUGGAUCAUAACCUCGCAGAUCUCCUACAAGCACAAGAGCACCCAAACCUUGUGGAUGCCAACGACAUGCGAGUUGCUUGGGAGGAGCUCGAAGACAUCGUUAAAGAACUCGAGCGGGACGCAGCACCAAUUGUCCAGAACUACGGAAAAUUUGUCCAUAGAAGCCUCGAAGCCUGCAAGGCCAUCACGAGCUCCGAGAAAACCAUAAAGCCGCCAGGUCAUGUCUUCCUACAGCAAAAAGCUGUUCUCGUACAGACUCGCAUCGACUACAUUCUUCGGAGAACUCGAGAACUUCUCAAGCCCCAACCGACCUCGGAUCAUGGGCUCGAAAUGGCUCGACUUUGGCCUUCAGUUUCCCACCCGGCGUUGCUCCAACUUCUGUCAUCUAAGUAUCGGUCACACCUUCCACUCGCUUGGAAGCGUGUCAUAGUUCGCUAUGCAGAAGAAAUAACAGCCCUCCAACGUGUAGAACGCAUGCAGAAUUAUGUCGCUGCGAAUGACAAGUUGGCACUGGCAAAAGAGUUGGAGAAUCCAGCUCAUGCUGAGUGGUCAACAGAGGAGCGACCAGAUUGGCUUUUACUUGAGAUCCAAAAUCAGAUCCUCAUCCGUCCAGUACAAGUUCGUGUCGCACUUGAAAUCAUCAAAGAAAAAUCUAGUGUUGUACUUGCUGAUAUGGGUAUUGGAAAGAGCUCAACAAUCCUACCCAUGGUUGUGACAGCUCUGGCAACUGGCUCGUCUCUUGUCCGAGUCAUUGUGCUGAAACCUUUGGCGAUUGAGAUGCUACGGAAUCUUUCGCGUUCUUUGUCUGGCCUUGUUGGCAGAACGGUGUAUUUCCUCCCUAUCUCUCGACAAACAACGCUUGACUAUCCUCACACAUGUGUGCUCCAAGGACUCUAUGAGUCGUGCAUGCAAAAUUCCGGGGUUCUUGUCAGUCUCCCAGAACAUUUGAACUCGUUCCGUCUGCUAUGCAACGACAAACUUUACACUGACUCAAUGCUGGCUCCGAAGCUUUUUGGUAUUCAGAACUUUCUUGACCAGACUGCUCGAGACGUGCUGGAUGAAUCUGAUCAGCUGCUGGAGCCUGGCUACGAAUUAGUAUACACAACUGGAGAGUUGCUUCCUCUCUCUAGGUCCCCACAGCGCUGGAUCGUUGCGCUUGAGCUGCUCGAUCUGGUCCAACAUAAUGCACAUCAAGCUCUAGAAAAGGCCCCCUUCGGCCUCGAACUAGAGGACCGACCGAUCGGCGCAUUUGAUCAUAUUCGAAUUCUCAAUGACGCAGGAUGCGAGUCCUUGAUGUCAUCUCUGGUCGACGCAGUUGUUCAGGGCAAGUUGGCUAGUGUCCCGUUAGGUCAUUGUAACACGGAACUUUUGCAAGCACUCAGGUUGUUCAUUCAAGAUGUUAACGUGCAUCCUGAAACUUUAGAACAGAUCAAGGCCCACUUUAAAGAAUCUGGCCAGUUGGACAUCUUAUAUGUGGUCCGCGGUUUGAUCUCAUACCAGGUCUUGGCUCACGCCUUACGCAAGAGAUGGUUGGUAAACUACGGUCUCGAUAGGAAUCGCCGUGGAGGAUGUCUCGCGGCAGUUCCUUAUCGAGCAAAGGCUAUUCCAUCCCAGUCAUCUGAAUUUGCGCAACCCGAAAUGAUGAUCAUCCUGACCGGACUGUCCUACUACUACACGGGUCUACAAUUUCACGACCUUCAGCAAUGCAUCCGCAGAAUGCUGAAACUAACAGACCCAUCUAAAGAAUUCUCGAAAUGGGUGCAAAGAUCCAAGCUACCGGAAGUCUACCAAAGCGCGGGUUCGAUCAACCUUGACGAUGCGUCAUGCAUGUCUACCCUUUAUGAGCACCUUCGACUCAACAAAGCUGCCAUUGAAUUCUUCCUAAAGCGCGAGGUUUUUCCCAAGGUAGCGAGGGAAUUUACCUGGAAAUUAUCCACUUCAGCAUGGGACCUUUGUGCCGACUAUGGCAGUGGCAAAGUAACUACCGGAUUCUCUGGCACCUGCGACAGUCGAAUUCCUUGGACGGUCGAGCUCGGAGAUAUCCAGGCCUUGAAGCACAGUACAGCAUCUACGCUGGCAACCAUCUUGCGGCACGAUAACCGUGAAUACAUUUGUGCCAGCUCUCAUGGACAGCGUCUUACGAACGAGGAGCUCCUUGACCUUGUAGUUGGUCAUGAUAAAGGGCUUUCUGUCAUAAUCGAUGUCGGCGCACAAUUUUUAGAGGACAACGAAAUGAUUGCAUCCCAGUGGUUAAGCAAAUGCAAACACAAGCUGGCAGCGAUAUUUUUCAACGACGUCGAUGAGAAGAUGGUGGUCAAUCGUGAUGGUACCACUGAAAAGUUCAACUCUUCCAUCUUCAAGGAAAGCAUUGGGUCUUGUCUGCUAUAUCUUGAUGAAUUCCACACUCGCGGAACAGACUUCCAGUUGCCUGAUGCAUUUGCUGCAGCAGUCUUACUCGGCCCGCGUAUCCCAAAGGACACUCUUGUGCAAGCGUGUAUGCGCAUGAGGAAGCUUGCUGUAUCCCAGUCUGUGGUCUUCAUCGCUCCUCCUGAAGUUGACAAAAGCAUUCGGGCUGUUACGAAGAGCCCAUCGGAAGCAAUCAGCAGUGUUCAUGUCGUCCGGUGGGCAAUCCAUCAAUCCUGCGUUGAUCUACAACAUCAACAUGCACAGUGCAUGACAAAAGGGAUGCUGCAUAGUCGACGAAGAUUAGCAGCUGCUCGUCAUGUUUCGACGUCCGGGCAUGUAAAAGACAUCGAGAAUUAUCUGAAGAUCAUUCGAGAGCGAGAAAGUCGUCCUGUAUCUGAAAUGUAUCGUGUCAACGUGAGCAGCCAGAAGGAGCUCCCUUUCAAGCCCUCCCAAGUGGAGCUUGAUGAUGAAAUCAUGGCAGGUCUUUUGGGAGAGUGGGAUCGAACAGGUAUCGCUCUCUCUGUAGACAGCGGCAUCUUCGAAGAGCAGGAACGUGAGAUCUUGCACGAAGUGGAACAGAUCAGAGAGGUCCAACGUCCAAUUGCAGUCACGCCUCAGAAACCAGAGCCUUGUCAAGCUUUGUGGAAGGUUAUCAGAGACGGCGUCUUGCCUAACGGUUCUUCUGAUGAGUUGCUUCCUGCGUUUGAGGUUUUGACCAAGACCAGCCUUGCGCCAUCGUACUCUCAAGCUGCAUGGCCGAUGCACAUUCAAGUUACCAAAGAUUUCACUCGCACAAUAGUAAGCAAAGCAAACUGCGAUCAAGACAAUUUCUUGAGGCCGGUGCAAUGGGUGUUGUAUACAAAGCUCAUCGGGCAGCCCAUCAUAAUUUCUCCUCACGAGGCCGAGUUAUUCCUACCUGAAAUUCGCAAGUCAAAGCGAGCGUCAUUGUUCCUUUACCAGGCGAGAGUGUCGAAGGGCAUGCCGUCAUUUGAUAAGUUGGAUGUGUACAAGAUCCCUGAGGAAGAUAAUGGUGGGACGAUCUCGCGGGAUCAAGUGGCCAUUCUCAAUCUGUUUGCCGGCCAACUUUACUUCAGCAAUUUUGAGGACUACCAACUUCUCUGCACCCUGAUCGGUCUAUGGGACGGAGAACGCGAACUGCUCGUAAGACGAAACGUUUUGACGGACAAUUGGGUACCUCCUGCUUGCCGGAAGGCGAAUGGAUGGACAGAAUGUCCAUUUGUAGAAAGUCCAGUGCAGACUCUCAAGGCAUUCAUCGGCAUGCGACGAAUGGGAAACGAGUGGUUGGAAACGCAUAUGGAUCACAUUCUAUCGGGACGGCUGUUACGGCGAAAAGAUUUUGAAAAGCAAGGCGAAAAUGGAAGUCUGAGCGUGGCGAAUGGUGAUAAGAAUGCGUAG